UUCUUUUGCCACUUCUUCUUCUCAUUCUUCCUAAUCCUCUUCAAUUACUAUAAACAGCAAAUCUCAAGGGCUCUACUUGGACUUUCCUCUCUCUCUCUCUCUCUACUCUACUGGAAAAAUGACAGAACAGAUUGGAACAUCAAAGCCAGCAGUCUUUUUUGAGUAUGAACUCUUUGAAGGAGACCCUGACCGCCUCAGAACUGUCAAAGCUACACCAACUCAGACUGAUCCAUGGAUCGAUCCUUCCUCAUUGAAACUUAAGCACAGGAUUGGGCGGGGCCCCUUUGGUGAUGUUUGGUUAGCAACGCAUCAUCAAUUGGGUCAUGAUUUUGAGGAGCAUCAUGAAGUGGCUGUCAAAAUGUUACAUCCAUUGAAGGAGGGCCAUACUCAGAAUAUUUUGGAUAAGUUUGAAGAGUUAUUUCUUAAGUUCCGAGGACUCCAAUGUGUUUGUUGGUUGCAUGGUAUAUCAGUAAUUAAUGGACAGAUCUGCAUUGCAAUGAUACUUCAUGAAGGAUCAGUCGGUGACCGAAUGGCUUGGCUCAAGGGCGGGAAGUUUCAAUUGCAAGAUGUUUUAAGGUAUGGGAUCGAGUUGGCAAAAGGAAUUCUGGAGUUGCAUUCGAUUGGGACCCUGGUGCUAAACCUUAAGCCUUCUAACUUUCUGCUUAACAAACAAGACCAAUUGAUUCUUGGAGAUUUUGGAAUCCCAUAUCUGCUUUUUGGGAUUCCAUUGUCCAAUUCAGAUAUGGCUUUAAGACUUGGAACUCCAAACUACAUGGCUCCAGAACAGUGGGAACCAGAAAUCAGAGGUCCUAUAUCCUUUGAGACAGACUCAUGGGGUUUUGGAUGUAGCAUACUAGAAAUGUUAACUGGUGUUCAGCCCUGGUUUGGGAAGUCAACUGAAGAAAUAUAUCACUCAGUUGUGGUCAAGCAAGAAAAACCAAAUAUUCCAAGUGGGUUGCCUUUUGCUGUUGAGAAUGUUAUCAAUGGUUGCUUCGAAUAUGAUUUCCGGAAUCGGCCUUUAAUGACAGAUAUCAUACAUGCAUUUAAAAGCUCACUGAAUGCUCUUAACAGUGAUGGCGAGUCUCUUGGUUUAAGAAGCAGGAAACUUACUGAUAGAUUAAGUGAUGGUGGUUUUAGUGCAUGGUAUCUGUCAAAGGAUCGUCUUGAAGUGGGUGACAUAGUCCGUUCAAGAAAGCCAUUCAAUGCAUGUAAAUCACAAACCAUGGAUAUUCCUAAAGGAAAGGUUGUAGGUUUGGAGGAUGACAAUGAUAGAGAACGUUUUGUUCUGGUGAAGGUAUCUGGCGUGCACAACCCUCUAAGAGUACAGGUUUCAACAAUUGAGAGGGUGACAUCUGGCUUGGCAAUAGGGGAUUGGGUGCGUUUGAAAGAGGAAAAUGACAAGCACUCCUCUGUGGGAAUUCUUCACUCCAUACAGCGUGAUGGGAGCACAGCAGUUGGAUUCAUAGGCCUAGAGAGUCUCUGGAGAGGUAACUCAUCUGAACUUGAAAAGACUGAAGCUUAUUAUGUUGGGCAGUUUGUGCGGCUGAAGGCAAAUGUGUUAAGUCCCCGGUUUGAGUGGCCUCGUAAGAAUGGAGAUGCUUGGGCUACUGGGAAGAUCUCACAAGUCCUUCCAAAUGGCUGUCUUGUUGCAAGUUUCCCUGGGAGGUUGGUGUUUGGAGAAGAAUCUAAUAUCUUCUUGGCAGACCCAACUGAAGUGGAAAAAGUUUCGUUUGAUACUUGUCCAGGGGUGGUGCAGAAGUAUCAGCAUGUUGAAGAUUUUCAUUGGGCUGUGAGGCCACUUGCAAUAGCAUUUAGUUUAUUUACAGCGAUGAAGCUUGGCUUAUUUGUUGGACAAAACAUAGGUGCAAGGCUGAAGAAAUGUCCAAGAAAUUUGAAGCGGCGUGAUGGUAAUAGUCAGGAUGGCCAGACUGGUGGAAAUGCUGGUUGGCUUCCACCACCAGUUGCAAAUAUUCUCUUUAAAGAAGGUGUUCCCACUACUGCUGCUCGGUAAUUUGUUAUGGAUGUCUGCAAGCAGAGAAGUGAACAAAAUGAAAUGCUUUUAGAGUGAUGGGUUCAGUGCACGAACUGGGACUACAUCUUCUUAAUUUAGUGUUGCCAGUGAAGUAAAAAUAGUCUGUUUAUAGUUAGAAGAAGAUUGCUCUAUGUAUGUAUAUGCAGGAAAAGAUAUUUAUUUGUCAUUGUAUGCCUUUUCUGUAGAUAAUCUAUUCAAUGAUGAUAAGAAAUGCCUUGCUUCA